GCGGGGCGCGCAGGAGCGGGGCGCGCAGGAGCGGGGCGCGCAGGAGCGGGGCGCGCAGGAGCGAGCGUGGCAGUCGAGUCCCAGCACCGCCUCCCGGCCCAGGCCGCUCCUGGCCGGCGGGCCCUGCGGACUAUGCCGGCGGUGCCCGGUGCCCGCAGCCCGCGGCGGUCCCUGCUCCGCGGAGAGAGAGGGCGGGUGGUGGAUGCCGGACGUGCGGAGUCCGCACGGCGGUGCUGAAGGGACAGCGCCCGCCCUUGCCCGGCUCAUGGUCCCCACCGUGGCCGGCCCCGCCCAGGCUCCUGCGGCCCCGGAGCCCCGGGGAUGCCCGGCGGGUGAGGAGGCCCCGCCCGAGCCGCGCUCAUGGCGGUGGCCAGGAAGAUCAAAACUUUGCUGACGGUCAACAUCCUGGUGUUCGUGGGCAUCAUCCUCUUCUCGGUGUACUGCCGCCUGCAGGACCGCUCGGAGGCACUGGUGCAGGUCGUGCGCGGUGCCGACCGCCGGGUGCGCAACCGGCUCACCAAGGCGGGUGCGCUGGCCGACCGUGAGGCCAUCCUGCAGCGCCUGGACCACCUGGAGGAGGUGGUCUACAACCAGCUCAAUGGCCUUGCAAAGCCCAUUGGGCUGGUGGAAGGUCCAGGUGGCCUGGGCCAGGGAGGUGUGGCUGCCACCCUUCAGGACAACAGCCAGGAGACUGAGGGCAAGUUCGAGGAGUUUGGGUACAACGCACAGCUCAGUGACCGCAUCUCCCUGGACAGGACCAUCCCUGACUACAGGCCUAAGAGGUGCAGACAGAUAAUGUACUCUGAGGAUCUGCCCCAGAUCUCUGUGGUCUUCAUCUUUGUCAACGAGGCACUCUCAGUCAUCCUGCGCUCUGUGCACAGUGUGGUCAACCAUACACCCUCUCAGCUCCUGAAGGAGGUCAUCCUGGUAGAUGACAACAGCGACAAUGUGGAACUCAAGUUCAAUCUGGACCAAUAUGUGCACAAGAGAUACCCAGGUCUGGUGAAAGUCGUGCGCAACAGUCGGCGAGAAGGGCUGAUCCGUGCAAGGCUGCAGGGCUGGAAGGUGGCCACAGCCCCCAUUGUUGGCUUCUUUGACGCCCAUGUGGAGUUCAACACUGGCUGGGCUGAGCCUGCCCUCACAAGGAUCCAGGAAGAUCGUCGACGCAUCAUCCUGCCAGCCAUCGACAACAUCAAGUACAGCACGUUUGAGGUGCAACAGUAUGCCAGUGCUGCCCAUGGCUACAACUGGGGCCUGUGGUGCAUGUACAUCAUCCCCCCACAGGACUGGCUGGACCGAGGUGACGAGUCGGCACCCAUCAGGACACCUGCCAUGAUCGGUUGCUCAUUUGUGGUGGACCGGGAGUACUUCGGGGACAUCGGCCUGCUAGACCCAGGCAUGGAGGUGUAUGGUGCAGAGAACAUCGAGCUGGGGAUGCGGGUGUGGCAGUGUGGGGGCAGCAUGGAGGUGCUCCCCUGCUCCCGAGUGGCCCACAUCGAGCGCACCAAGAAGCCAUACAACAAUGACAUUGACUACUAUGCCAAGCGCAAUGCACUGCGGGCUGCUGAGGUGUGGAUGGAUGACUUCAAGUCCCACGUGUACAUGGCGUGGAACAUCCCCAUGACUAACCCAGGGGUGGACUUCGGGGAUGUAUCCGAGAGGUUGGCUCUGCGCCAGAGGUUGAAAUGUCGCAGCUUUAAGUGGUACCUGGAGAAUGUGUACCCUGAGAUGAGGGUCUACAACAACACCCUCACAUAUGGAGAGGUGCGAAACAGUAAAGCCAGUGGCUACUGCUUGGACCAGGGAGCAGAAGACGAUGACCGGGCCAUCCUCUACCCAUGCCAUGGCAUGUCCUCACAGCUGGUACGCUACAGUGCUGACGGCCUCCUGCAAUUGGGCCCUCUGGGCUCCACAGCCUUCCUGCCUGACUCCAAAUGUCUUGUGGAUGACGGCCGAGGACGCACACCCACCCUGAAGAAGUGUGAGGAUGUGACCAGGCCGACACAGAGACUGUGGGACUUCACCCAGAGUGGCCCCAUUAUAAGCCGUGACACAGGUCGGUGUCUGGAGGUGGAGAUGUCUAAAGAUGCCAACUUCGGGCUGCGGCUGGUGGUGCAGCGCUGCUCAGGGCAGAAGUGGAUGAUCCGAAACUGGAUCAAACAUGGGCGGCACUGACCUCUGCCCCCACCCCACCUCCACAGACUCAGACCUUCAGACCCUCGAGUGCUCCAGAUGGCGUUGGGCAGGUCCUGGACUGUAGCCAGGAUGAACCCUCCUUGCCCACCCCACAAACCCAGAGCAGCUUGGGCCCUACACACCUCAGGGCUGGGCCCUGUAACACUGGACAGCAGAGAUCUAGUGUCAGCAGCAUCAGCCUGCAUUAGGAACCAAACUGUCCUGGGACAGGUGGCUCUGCCUGAGGGAGGACAACAGAGGACAGCGCACACCCAUGCCAAAUCAUGUGCCUUUCUACAGUGUUCCCCAACUGGCUGUGAAGACAGCCACACCCGCAUGUGCUAAGGCCCUGUACAUAACCCUCAGAAGCAAACCCAGCUGUUUAGUGCUGAGGGUGGGAGUGUUCUCAUCAUGCCCAGCAUCCUGUCCUCCCAGUAGGCCCAGGCCUCACAGCCCAGCUGCCCCUCAUUCAGCUGCUCAGCCUCACCACAAUCAAAAGCAAACUGAGAGGGCAAUUCCCUGUAGUCUGAUAACAAGGCAAUAGGGAGACAUCAUAAUUGCUCGACCCCAUAGACAGACCCAAAGGUGUGUUAGAGACCAGACAAUGGCAAAUACCUGCACUUGUCUUCCUGAGGGUCAGGCAGGCAGCCACUAGGCAGGGGUCCCAGUUCCACCAUCCCACCCUCAGCCCAGGGUGUCUCUUGUUGCUCUGCCAUUUCUGCAACAGGUAUCAUCAGAUGAUGCCUCCAGCCCCUCACUUGUUUUAUAAAUAAUGUUUUAUUGGCACACAGCCACACCUGUUGUCUUGAGUGUCACCUAUGACUACAGCAUUGGAGUUGCAGAGUGGAGGCUAUACUGUAUGGCUGGUAAAGCCACUCUUAUUGUCUUGAAUUCUAGGACUCACUUCCAAAUGCCUUUGCUAAGAUGCAUCCACUCACAUGGUCCAAGAAAGCUGGCCUCACUGUAUUGUUGCCCAGCUGACUAGGGGGAAGACAGAUGUGGAGGCAACAGCCUGGGAGCUGGUUGUCUCUGCUCUGGUCCCUGCUGUCAGACCUCAGUGUCAUAGCCAUGUUUAUCCACUGCCCAGGAGGCUGGGAAAUGUGGUCUCUCAUUGAGCAGCUGUGCAUGUGGAUGAAGAAUUAUAUGAACAUGGCCAGUGACCUCGCAGACCUUGACUCCAGGACACAGUGGCCAAUCCUGUUCUGUUUACAGUCACUGUCAUUCAUAGCCAUUGACCCGUCAUCACAGCACCAACAAUAAGCACUGGCAGGGGCCACACAGACCUGGCAGCUGGAGGUACAUGCUUAGGGCAAGACUCUGGCUGCAACUGCCACCCUAGGACUUUAACCAUUCUAGGGCUACCAAACCCAUCUUAGCCUGAUACGUCCCAACUAACAGCAAGAGCAACUUGCUCCUCCAGGAGGACAUGGACUGCCUAUCCCUUAUCAUCCACCAGAUGUCAGAACUUACCACUCACUGAUGCCAGCCAAAAGCCAGCCAGCCCUGCCUACCAGAGGCCUUCUGACCCCUCUAAUGGCCUCACAGAGGUGAAACUGUGGGCUCUGCUGACUCCCCUGUACCCCUCUGCAGGGUCAGCAAGAAAGGGUGGUUUCUAUAUAGCAGAGCCUGCAUCUGCCACAGCCCUGUCCACAUCUGCUUUAACCAAGCAUCCCAACCUUCAGAUGGGCCUGGCAGUCCCUCUCUCAACAUGCCUCUCUCCAGGAGAGGAGGUGUCACUACCUCAUCCUGAUCAGGACACCAAGUCCAGGAGGUAAACUGCCCCAAGGACCAGCAAGAAGUGGGCUUGCUUUCUUGCUGCCCUGGCAGGGGCUGAGCUCCACAAAUCCAAGAGAUGCUGAACUGUCUCCAGAGGUGCAUCAUGCUGUGCUCUUACCCUGGGGGAGAUACAGGACACAUAUAUCCGUCCCCCUUCCCCAGCCUCUGUGGGACCCCAGCACAUGGUCCCUCUUGUCUUCUCCCUCCUGGGAGACCCUGAACACCUCCCACCCUAUAGUUGUGAGAAAUGUGGGCCUCAGUUUCUCAUUCUGAGCAGGGGCUGUCACCAUCCUCCAAACCAAACAUAAGGAGCACUUCCUUCUGGUCCAGAUCUUUCCUGAGUUCUCAGUGGAGGACAUAGGAGGAUGCAUGAGCAGGGCCCUAGGAGUGGAUCCACAACCCCAGCAUUCCCAAAGUGAGUGUAUGAUGAUACUGGUAUCCAUUAGUGCACAAACAUGGCCUGUGACUUCACAUGGAGAAUGUCAUGGGCUCAUUGUGGCACUGCCACAAUUCACCUGCCAGGAAGGCUGACAGCCAAAGGAAGCCACCACACUGUAGCCACAUAAGAUCUCACAGAAAACUAUCUUCAAACCUCAGUAAAUCCCCCACCUGUCUCCCUAAGCACCUCCCAAGAUGGGCUGUGAGGUGGGGCCAAGGCGGGUCCACACAGCAGUGUCUAUAUCAUUUCACUGGUCUGAGUGGCUCCAACUUAAAAGAGUACCUGCUUCACGAGAUACAUUUCAUCCCCCACAGCCCUCACCUGUUGUUUUCAACACCUACCUGCCCAAGAAUCCCAGGGGGCAGUUUAGGUUAAAGAUAAGGAAAGAAGUGGGUUGGGAGGCCACUACUCUAGAGCUUAUUGCUAUGUAGUAUGUCUGUAGUUAGCACUGGUCACAGCUGGAAGGAUGUCCUUGCUGGCUCAGACCCACCCUGCCCCCAGAGAUGUCCCACACUGGGACUUUGCUUUCAUUUCCUGAAUUCACGGUGACACAUGGCAUGCAUAUGCAUUGACUCCUCAACUAUAAAUCUUGGGCUCAGAAUAACAUCAAAGAUCACUAUGAGCUGUGCAGAAGCCAGCUAGGGGUAGGAGAAGAGAGUAAAGAAAGAAAAAAGGAGAGAGAGGGAGAAGAGAAGAAAGAAGAAACAAAAGGAAGCUGUUUGUAUUGAGUGAGAUUCAGUUCUCCAAUCUCACUUAGUGAUAGAACACCUGGCUCCAUGUUUAAGGAUGUACAAGCAGAGGUCAGAGGGGAAAAGUGACUAGGCACAAAACACCCACCAUCAUGGGGCACACAGGGGUUACCACCUCUCUGUGACCCCAAACUGGCUUCCUUCUAUCCUGUGUGGCUGUCUUGUAUGGUUUUUUUUUUCUUUUUAGAGGAUAGCCAUCCUUUAAAUGGCAAUAAUCGAAUAAUUAGUACU